CCCAUGUCUCCGAUCAGAAACACAAGAGGGCGUGUGUCUGAUGUCUCUGAUCCGUCCCACCUAUGUCUCCGAUCAAGAAACAAGUGGGCGUGCGACCUAUGUCAAACAAGAGGAUGCACUCGCCCGGUUGUAGCAAGGUAGCGAAGAAAGAUCACGCUGCGUCGUUGCAAGUAUCAGGUUGGAAUCGCGCCUGUUCGAAUCGUGCGGGUUAUGCGCGACCAGAAGGAAAGCGUGCAAGAGACGAAGAGGGAGAAGUCGGUCCCUGCCACUCUCUCUUGUUCUCUGCCCUUUUCUAAUUGCGCGUCGAGUGCGUCGUGGCGAAUAUUCAUUUAGAAAAAAAUGAUUCGCAGUUUCAUCUUCUGCAUUGAAUUGAUUUAGAACAGGAUUUUGAACGAGCUACAGAGGCGGCAGAGGAGGGAGGCGUUGGACAUCCUCGUGCGUGCGUGACUCAUUGAUUAGACGUCGCGGGCAGGGAUCUGAACGAGCUACAGAGGCCGCAGAGGAGGGAGGCGUUGGACAGCCGCGUGCGUGCGUGACUCAUUGAUUAGACGUCGCGUGUGACAGAGAGGAAGGACGAUGGAGAGCCGAGGUCCCUUUAUCCUAUUCUUGUUGCUUGUUGGGAUCUGCGUCGUCGUCGCCGACAUAGAGGUGGAUAUUACCGUCUCUGAGGUGGAUGUCACGGGCUCGAAGCUUGCGGAUGGCGCGACUGAUGAGGUAGAUGGCGUGACUGCUCGUGGGAAUCACCUGGCUCUCAAGCGAAUGCUGCGCAACGUCGAUUUUGUCUUCCAGCAGUUCGUGGAGGAGCACGGGAAGAACUACACCGGAAAAGAGUACGCCUAUCGCCGGCAGGUCUUCGCCAAGAAUCUUAUGAAAGCAGCGUGGAACCAGUUGAAUGAUCCAUCAGCUCUUCAUGGAAUCAACCCUUUCUCCGAUAUGACUGAGGACGAGUUUGAGCACCGAUUUCUUGGGUUGCACACUCCACAACAUGUGUGGAAAAUGCGAAGUGCGCCAACCAUCCCCUAUUUGCCAACUGAUGACCUUCCGGAGGACUUUGACUGGCGCAUGAAAGGAGCUGUAACACCAGUCAAGAAUCAGGGCUUCUGUGGAGCAUGCUGGGCGUUCUGCACGGCAGGUGCUGUUGAGGGUGCACAUUUCAUUGCAACAGGCAAUCUGUCCAGUCUCAGUGUGCAGCAAAUGCUGGACUGUGAUCAUCUGGUAAAUUUUGCAUCAUUGAACCUCCUCCUGUGUUUUCUGUUUAUUUCUCCCCCACCGUAUCAAAGUCGCGGAGGUAUGAGGAAAUGCUGUGAGCAGAGCUUGAGCCUGGAGAAACUCUACCCCCCAAGCACAGUUGAAAUGCUACGUGCUAAGCUGUGGGAUUGAGACCAGAGUGAGAGUGGGAUGAGGGGAUUGACAUCAUAUAAGCUGUGGGGGGUUAGACCAGGAGAGCAUGAUGCAAAACAAAAUGCUGGGUAAGUG